GCGGACGGGGAGGACUCUGGGGUGUGAGGGAUCCCGGCUCCGGUGCGGGAUCUCGGCUCCGGUGCGAGAUCCCGGCUCCGGUGCGAGAUCCCGGCUCCGGUGCGGCCGCAGUCCCCGUGGGCGGGACCCGGCGCGGCCCCGCCCGGCGCAGCGUGGCCAUGGCGGCGGCGGCGGCCCGCGGGGCCCUGGCGGGGAUCCUGCGGCGCUGGGCCCCCCGCGCGCUCCCGCUCGGCGGCCCCUCCGCCCGCUGCGUCGGGCACGGACCGGCCCCGGCCCCGGCCCCGCUCUGGACCCCGCGGCUGCUCAGCGAGAACCGGCCCCGGGCAGGGCCCCGCUCGGUGCUCAGCAGUGUCACACCUCUACUUCCAAGUUUACUCCAGCAGCCAGCAAGGACCCUCACCUACUGCAGCCUACGGAAAGGAAAGAGGAAAAGUGUGAAAUCCGUGGUCAAGAGGUUCCUCCGGCUGCACAAUGGCCUCUGGGUUAGGAGAAAGGCUGGUUAUAAGAAGAAGCUGUGGAAGAAGUCAGCUGCUCAGAAGAAGCGUUUGAGGGAGUUGGUGUUGUGCACGAGGACACAAUGUAAACUGCUGGAUAAAAUGACCACUUCCUUCUGGAAAAGAAGGAACUGGUACGUUGAUGACCCCUUCCAGAAGUACCACGACCGCACGAAUCUCCGUGUGUAGAAAUCUUGGGUUUGCACAUCUCUGGGGAAGGGGCAGUGGUCGUGUGGCAUGGUCUGGGUUUUGGAACAUACAUCUGUUCUGGCUGUACUUUUUUAAAUAAACAUGUGCAUAUCAUCUGAGCAGAAUUAUGGGAAUCAAUGCCCACAAUAAAGGAAUACUCAAAUUUA